AACGGGAUGACCCAGAAGGAGGGUCCCACAGGAGCUGUGUAUGGCCAGCCUUACCAUUAAGGACCGAGUUUUAUGCAUAAAUGGAGUGGGACCAUUUGAGCGUCAGUGGCAGCCCUCUCUCUUCUUUUAUUUUCUGGCCUUAAGAUGGUCUCAGAGGGAGGGCAGAAAACCAGAAGGUAACCAAACAGCUCAGGAAUGCUGGCACUCGCGCACACACACAGAGAAGAAAGGCUUGGAGCCAAGUCAGGCCCUGCUAGGAUGGUGGGAAUGUUAAAAGAUGUAUGCGCUCUUUGACUUUGCUCUUCUGGCUGCAUCCCACUGAGCGGGGCAGAAGCUCUCCCUACCCCCUGCUCAUCUACUCCCUUUUGCAUCAGAAGAAACUCUGCAAAAGACCACUGGCUGGCUGGACAUCCCAUGACUGAAAGAAGGAAAAUGGCAGAAAGCUCCUUAUUUGCACAGCGGCUGCAUGCUAUUACGGAGCGGCGGAGGCUGCAAGAGCGCAUCCUAGCCACCCGGCGGGAACUGGAGGAAGAGAGACUGCGAGUCCAACGCCUCAAGAGGAAAUCCCUGCGUGAACGGUGGUUGAUGGAGGGAACAUCCAUGCCUGCUGAUGACAAGGAUCACAUGUCUUCUCUUUGGGAGGCAGAGUCUCGCGUCCAAGACUUAGAACAAGAUCUGUCCAGUCUUCAGUCUCAAAUGCAGGACCUAGAUAAUAUGGAUCUUCCCCAAGGACAACAGCAGCAGUCUUUGAAGGAGGUGAAGCAAUUGGAUGGCAUUGUGAAGAUUGAUGGGACAUCUUCCUCUUCUCCAGAAAAGGGAAAUACUACUGAGACCAAACUUGAGUUGGCUUCUGUUUCUCCUCAAAAGCCCAUGGAGGCAGCAGCCAAAGAAGAACUGGAGAAUGGAGAUAUGUCAGGAGAUGGUAUUUCUGGCAAUGAAUGCAGCUCUGAAAAAACAGGAGUCAAAGUAAACCCUGUGACUAUAGAAGGUGGGGACUUUCAGCCUCAUCAAGGGAAAAUCGAGGCUGCUCCUACUAUGAAGAAUUUGGAUCCUAGUGAAGCCCCUACUGCUCACCAAAGAAAGCUGGCAGUUGAAAAGAUGGUCAUCAGAGAUCAUUUGGGGCAGGAAGUGGGAAGCAUGGAUGCUGUUGGGCAGACACAGAACUUCAUUAGAAAAGAGGAUGAGUUGGGAGACCAUGAUAACAUAGGAAAUGACUGUGAAGAAUGGAGUACUUUGGGUAGUUUUUGCAAUGUGGUGGAUCAAAAGAAGACUGGUUGUGCUACCAAAAACCAACUGGACUGUGAUCUUGGUAGCCGUGAUGGCCCAGAGGGAGAGUCUCCAACUUCCCACGAUCAACAAAACCCUUCCAACUUUCUGCAGGACAGUGCUAACUGCCUUGAUUUCCCCAGGAAUCAGGGAGAUAGUGAGCAGGAGAUAGCCUUGUUGGUCAAGGAGGCAGUUCUGAUGGAAAUGGGGCAGAAAGAAUUACCAGAACAAAAUGCAGAGGAGGCAGAGCCUGCCAGAAACCUGGCAGUCUGUGAUGUUGCUACAGAAGAAGCAGCAGGGAAUCAGGCAAAUCAUAGACAGAAGGAAGAGAUGCAAGAAUGCCAUGGAUCAGACACAAUAAUGCUGGGAGGAGCAGAAGAGGGGGAAGAGACCAAACAAUCUGUUUCAGACCAGAUCGCUCCUGAUCAAGAAACAACAAUUCUGAACCCUUUGGAAGAAGCUAAGCUAGAUCCAGUAAUGAUUUCAUCAGAUCAGAUUCCUUCUCUGUCAGAUACUAAAGUAUCCCUUCCAGAACAGAAUCCAUUAUCUUUUCAGGAAACUGAAAUUCUAUUCCUGCAGUCACAACAGUCGUUACUACCAAAUCAGAGUCCAUCACUCCUUUUGGACCAAUCUGUUUCAUUGCAAGAAAAUAAGGAUUCUCUUCUAGGUCAAACCCUAUCUCCAUUGCCAGAAUCCUCUAUAGCAUCAAAUCCAUCAUCUUUGCAGGACCAUUUUUCUUCUCCAGAACAGAAAGCAUUCUCAUUACAAGAUGAUAAUACUCUUCAAGAAGCUAAAGUCUUCUUAUCGGACCAGACCCCAUCAUCCAUUCAUGAAGCUAAUGGAAAAAAUCUGGACCAGAUCUCAACUGCUCUUCAAGAAUGUAGUGAUUCUGUAGUAGAUCAAAUACUGCCUACCUCUCCAGACCAGCUCACAUCUCUUGCAGAAAAGAUUCCAUUACAUGAAGGGCAGAGAUCACCCCACAUCUUGCCAACUGUUCUGAACAAAGAACAGUCUGUGUUGGAGAUGAAAGGUCCCCUUCCAGAUAUCGCCCCUUCUGUUAUUAAUCAACUCUCUUCUCUAUCUGAUCAAAUCAUUCCCCUUGAAGAAGCCAAUAAUUCUUCCUUGGGAGAAGUUUCAGUACCUUUGCAAGUCCAAAUGCCAACUGUUACAGAAACUCAAACACUGCUUCUUUCUGAGGGUGAUAAAUUUCCUUCAGGCCAGAUCCCAUUAUCUGAGAAUGAAAAGGAGACACCAACAUCUGGGCCAGAUGGCAAGAAGGUGACAGGAUCUCUAACUGAUCAUUCACCACUUCAAAAUCAGGCCCCUUCCUGUCUUCCAGAACAAUCACUUAAAGACCAAGCUCAACCAACAGUAGUGGAGCACAUGUCAGUCUCUCUGCAGAACCAAACCUCUUCCCUUAAAGAAACAGAAGAGACUCUUCCAGGAAAGACAUCUCCAAUUCUUGUGGAAAAGACGCCCACACUGUUGGAUCAAACUCCAACCCCUAACAAAGACCAGAGUCCAAAACUACAAAAGACAACUGUUCUUGAUGCUUUGUCAACUGUGAACCAAGAUUCUGCUCAACCCCUUCUGGAUGCAACUGUAAAUUCACAGAACCAGGAAUUGAAAGAAGAUAGAGAUGCUAAUUUGGCUUCAGAAGCAGAGACCACUGAGAUCCAAGAAAAUAUUGCUGCUGAGCAACAACCUUUGUUGAAUGAGCUGAAAACCGCAGUAACCCCCCAGGACAUUUCUCUAGGAGAUCAGCAGCAGUCCAAGAGUGGGAUCCAAAAGCAUCAGGGUGCCUCAGUCCAGGAGGCCCCAAUUUACAUCACCACUGAUGGCAAUCCUGCCUCAUGCCACCUCCAACCUGCAGCAUCACACCAGGAGGAGGGUCAAGAGCAGGGGCAGAGCAGACGCAAGCAGAAGACAUGCCAGUGCUGCUUGGUCAUGUAAGCUUGGCGUCUUUCACCUAGUUGAGGAGAACAGGUGUCAUUGAUCUGGUCCUAGCAGCAGGCUCUGAAAGUGGUAACAUGCCCUGCUAAUCAUGUAGUGUAAGCAUCUCACACAUUCACGCAUGCGCAUGCACACACAUGCAUACAGUACACACUCCAUGGAGGGAUUUGAAGGCAAGUUGCAUAGAUGGGUCCAUGGAAGGCUUGCUGCGUCACGAAAGAGAGAGUGUUCAAUGACAGGAUUGUUUCUCUUUAUUGAUUUCUCAUAGCUCUCCUCCCAGUUUUCCUGGAGGCAGAAAAUGAGGGAUACCCUGCUUGGGCAGAUUGUAUCGGCCCACACAUUCUCCUGCAGCAUGCACACUUCUCCCUACACUAGUAGUGUAGACCUGCAUUUUUCUUGGCACUGUCAAAUACUGUAUCACCAUUCCCUCCACUUAUAGUUUAUGUGCCUGCAUGUCAUCCUUGUUGUGCGUGCAUGUACAUUACACAUUUAGAAUGCACAUGUGUGUGCACAAAGGUUAAUAACAUGCAAACCGAGAUAGAGGCAUAUCCAUCUUUUCUUCCUUUGGCUUGCAAGGCAUUUUCCUAUCUUGGAAAACACCUGAGUUAUGUGCCAUUACAAACCUACAGGCUUCCACAACCUUUUCACAGGGCUGGACACAAAGGCUACAAUAUGCAUGCAGAACUCCUGCCAUCCACAUUCUCCGCAUGUGCCUGAACCCCGUCUGCUGAGUUGGCAUGACUCACCAAAUCAAUCUGGACCCACUCCAGACACUGAGCAAUACCCUCUUCCUCCUGUUCCCACCUCCUGCACCUCUGCUAAGAUGGCCAGCUGGACACAAUUCAUCUUGCAGGGCAGUGACACAUACGACACAAGAGGACUUCCUGCCAAUAGGCAGUGCAUUGCAGGGACUUUGGACAAGGCACUAUUGGAACCUUCUCUCCUAAAUGUGGUCUCCAGCUAAGAUCUUGUGUGUGGUAGACUCAACGUUCUGCCUCCCAAAACGGGACUGAGAAACCUUUCCUAGCUCUGACUCUUCCCUUCCUACAAAAAGCCUGGGUUUGUGUCCCGCUAGGCCACAAGCUCUUCCCUUAACCCUUCAUGUCCUCCUUUUGGUGACUGUUUAUUCUAUGCACUUUGUUUCGAUUUUAGUUAUAUAACUUCUGUUAGGGCCACCACCUAAGCCAGUAAGAGCCUUUUAAAUGUCAGUUUCUGGCUAAUACUGAUUCUCAAUUAAAGUCAGAUGCAAUGACAAGCAA